GAUACGUGUCCACUCGCGUGCCCGUUUCUCGCCGCCUCUGAGACCUCUCUCUCUUGUUCAGCUUCACACGGGAUUUCUACUGCGGCGACAGAAUAAGGGAAGUAGCGAACUCGACCUGCUCGACGGAGCUGUUGAUCCUUGUCGCAGAGAAUCUGGAGGUCGAUGGAAGGGUGCCGGGCGAUCCACCACCGCUGGACUCUCCGGGGGCUCGUUGCCUCCUACCUCGACCUCGCCCUCGCCUAUCUCUUCCUCUGCGCAGCCUCCUUCGCCUUCUUCGUUUCCAAGGCCCUGUCGCUCGUCGGAAUCUCCGUCCCGUGCUCCUGCGGCCUCGACCUCAUCGAUCGCCGCCAGCAGCAGCAGCGCCACCAACAGCAGCGUAGCGUCGGCUGCCUCCAGCGCUUCCUCCUUGACUGCACGGCUGGAAAGAUCGGAGGCGUCUUCGAUUCCUUUUGCUUGGGCGAUUGUAGAGACUCCCGUGUUGGAAGGCGCGAUGACGUCCGGUUCAUCAAUCAUACUGAUGAGGAUAGAGAAGGCAGCGCCGCCUCAGCCGCCCGUGGGAAAUUGGAUCUGGACCGAGGCGAGGAGUCGUGCUGCUCGGUGUCGCAACCGCACUGUCCCCGAGAUUCCACGAAUUUGAGCCUUAUGAAUAAUCUUUUGGUCGAUAGAGGAGAGUCUUCAAACUACCGAGAUAAGGAUUUUGUUGAUGUCAAGGGAAAGGCGAUCGUCCGACAAGAGAGGCCACCGAAUGUACUUAAACGACGGAAACGACAGAAGAACAAUAUUUCCAUCAAAACUACUUCUUUGUCUGCCUUGCCUUCUUCCCUUCUGGAGGUGGGUCGGAAAGGGGAAGUAGCCACUGCCACUCCUUUGACCGUUAACGUCCCUGUUUCUGUGGUAGAGAGCACCUCAAAUGUGAUUCCUGGAACUAGUUUUCUUCUUUCAGGUUAUCAGAAGGCUAUUGUUGAAGAAAUAAAUUAUACUAAUCCGUUACAAACUAUGGAAAAGACCUUAUCUAAUGGCAUUGGGAGAGUUCGUGAUGAAGAGAAAAAUGAAUGUGAUGUAACAAGAGAACUGAAACAAGCGCUCGAAGAGGAAAAGUCUACUCGAGCUGCUCUUUGUUUGGAGCUCGAAAAAGAGAGGAACGCUGCUGCAAGUGCUGCUGAUGAAGCAAUGGCCAUGAUAUUUAGACUCCAGGAGGAGAAAUCAGCAGUGCAAAUGGAAGCUCGGCAAUACCAGAGAAUGGCAGAAGAGAAAUCUGCAUAUGAUGAAGAAGAAAAGGAGAUUCUUAAGGAAAUCAUUGUGCGUCGGGAAAGAGAGAAGCAUGUAUUGCAGAAAGAAGUUGAGGCAUAUCAGCAAAUGAUUGUUGGUGUUGAUAGUGCUAAGCAGAUAUCAGGGAGUAAUCUGUCUACUGAAGUAGAGUUAAUUGAAGACAACACUGGUACUUCAUUUGGUUCAUUUGAUGACACUGAACUCAUCCUAAAAACGGUCUAUGAAUCCAUCAAAAAGAAUGAAAGGUGUAGGGAUGAGGUACAACAUGUCGAUGCAAUAGAGCCUCUGGUGGCUUCUGUACAGAAAUCCUCUACAGAAUUUGUGAAUGAAUCAGCCAUGUCUCAAGAGUUACAACUUUUGAUCAGUGCGGACGACCAGCAUAAUACCGAGGAGCAACGUUCAAAUUUGCUAAAUGAUAGGAAUGAUUGCCAUGUGCAGGAAAAAGGCAUGUUAACAAUGGAAAGGGUUCCAUCUUUCAUCGAGAGCAAUGGAGCUGUCUAUGCAAAUGGUUCUAGCUCACCUAGGUUAAUUGGGACACGACAUAAAGAAGAUAAUGCAGUAGAUAUGAAAUUCGAGGUUGAAGUUCCAUCGGAUGAUUUAUGCAUGGGGCAAAUCCUACAUACAGAUGAAGUAGGUUCCAUCUCAUCUCAGGUCGAUACUGAAGCAAGUGUAUUUGAUGUGCAUGUAAUUGAUGAUGAAAUAGACAUGAAUAGACAAGGGGAUAUGGGGCAGUUAAAUCUUCCUCAGACGGCAUUGGGCAGAUCACACAGAUAUGGUGUGCCAAAAGAAUCGUCUUCAGACAUCAAAGUUCACUGCUUGAUUGAAAAUUUAAACACUUGUCCAAAACCAUUAGGUACAAACAUACACAGAAGUAACUCUGAUGUGAUAACAGUGGGCCAAGCAGUUGAUGUUGCAAGUAAUAGAGUUCUACGGUUGGACAUGAGAAGGAUUUCUAUGCCUGCAAUCAAUAAUGAAAGAUCUAAACUUGAAAAUGAAGUUGAACUCCUGAGGAAAAAGCUAAAAGUGAUUCAAGAAGGAAGAGAAAAGCUAAACUUUUCAGUAGAAAAGAAGGAAAAGUAGACUUACAAUCUAUGUCAAUUACAGGAAAUCCGAAAAGCUACAGAAUGUUGAUAAUAUGUAUGAUGCUCUUAUACCUCCUUCUAAGGGAAAUUUGGUACCAGCUAGCUCCGUUUUUUGCAUUAAUGUUCUUGCAUCAAGUGAAAUCCCAGCUAUCUAAGUUGUCUUGGAUCACAAUGUUAAGGAUUUCUUUCAAUGUCCAAGUCAGCAACGGUAAAUAAAUUCUUUCUUUGCCUCAUUUAGUCACACAAUCCUAUGAAACUUCUUCCUGGCUUAUCUGUCCCUUUUUUUCCCUAGUACUUGGCUAUAUUUGUGUGCCAAGUUCAUUGCGAGUUGUUCAGGUUUUGUACAGUAGAUAUAUGGUUAACAAAACAGCUUUUGUUUAAAUUGGUGCAUAUGUAAUGCUAUGUCUAAGUUGACAUUCUAUUCUGUUAAUGAAGUCCAUCAAUUUGUUGUAUUUAAA